UAGUGCGACGCCCGAUAAGGAAGAAUCCAUCUAUGACGUUUUCGUGUUUCAAAAUCUAGUGUCAAAAAUGGUCGAAAGGGAACAAACGAAAAAGGACAUAAAGGAGUUGUCCAAAAAUGACAAGUACUCAAUUUUACUUCCCACUUAUAACGAGGUGGAAAAUUUGCCGAUAAUAAUCUGGCUCAUCACCAAGUACAUGGACGAGAGCAAACUUGAUUAUGAGAUAAUCGUGAUAGACGAUGGUUCUCCAGAUGGAACAUUGGAUAUGGCUAAGCAGCUGCAGAAUGUGUACGGAGAGAACAGGAUAGUUUUGAGACCGAGGGAAAAGAAGCUUGGAUUAGGGACUGCUUACAUGCACGGGAUUAAACAUGCUACAGGAAACUUCAUCGUUAUCAUGGAUGCAGAUUUAUCUCAUCAUCCUAAAUUUAUACCUAAAAUGAUAGAGCAGCAGAGGUAUCUUGAUUUAGAUAUUGUUACUGGUACCAGAUACGCGCAAGGAGGAGGAGUUUAUGGAUGGGAUUUCAAAAGGAAAUUAAUCAGUAGAGGAGCUAACUUCUUGACUCAAAUCUUGCUGAGACCAGGUGUUAGCGAUCUGACAGGAAGCUUCAGGUUAUACAAGAAGGAUGUGUUGGAGAAACUCAUUCAAUCCUGUGUCUCGAAAGGAUACGUCUUCCAAAUGGAAAUGAUAGUUAGAGCUAGGCAAUUGAAGUACACCAUAGGAGAAGUUCCCAUCACGUUCGUUGAUCGAGUGUAUGGAGAAUCAAAGUUGGGGGGUUCAGAAAUUGUCCAGUUUGCAAAGGGCCUCCUAUAUCUUUUCGCUACUACAUAAAUUCGAUGCGAAAUAAAAAUUUCAAAACAUUCCCUGUAUCAUAAAUACAUGUAUAAAUAAGAAUUGUAUAUUGCUGUA